AUGGCGGCACCAGGAGGAAAUGGUGCAAAUGGAGGCCCCCUUGGCCCGGAAGAAGGUUCCUUUCCUCUGGCUGCCCAAAUCCCGCUUGAGGGAUUUCAGCUACCAGAUUUCCCUGCAGAAGCAAACAAACUGAGGGAACUGACUCUGACCGCCGACAUCAAGAUGGACGAGUACCAAACCCUAGUUGGGCCACAACUCGCCGACGCCAUCCACGGUCAACAACCCCUACCCAACCUUCCCAAGUCCAUCACCCACCUCACGUUGGAACUUUUCGGUCUAGGCUUCCCCGGCAACCCCCCGUUCCUCACCCGACUUGCAAGAUCACUGCCGAAUCUCCGCAGCGUGACCUUCUUCAGCUGCCUCAUUGACGGCAUCAGCGAAGACUCCCGGAAAGACGCAGAGAAAUUCUUCGAAGUAGCGACCAACCUCCAAGAGUUGCACAUCAUCGACUCUUUCGCGCGCCCUGGCUUCUUCAAAACGGUGGGGAAUUUCUUCGAGGAGCGGACCAAGAACAAGGCCACAAGUGACAAGACUGUUGGCCUGAAGGUUGUGGAUGCUAGCUAUACCUUCCGUGGCCACGAGGAUAGCGAUUUCCUAGCCAGAAUUCAGGGCGAAGAACUCAGCGGGCUGAUUGUGAAAGGUAUCGUCGGCGCCAGCUUUUCAUUCGUACCCGUGACCGAGGAUGAGCUGGCCGAAGCCACCAAAGACGCAGACGGCAAGGAAACGACAGAGAAGCCGGCUGAGGGUGUUCUUCCCUUCGCGAGCGAUGGCCGCGCCCCGACCGCGGUGAAGAAACGUUUCGAGAAUCUCAGCGCCGAUGACUCUCUGUCCAGCUUGCGCGUGUUGAACCUCAGCAUGUGGACCCUGCGCGCAACCGACGUCGGCAACCUACUAUACACGAGUGCGGGAGGCGGGCCAGGCGGCCUUGUCGACCUCACUGCCAGUAUUCUCCUCGAAGAAGGCUGGUUCGACAAGCUGGUCGCCGGCUUUGAGCACAAGGGCGUGGGGGCGGCAUUAGAAGGCCUCGAGAUUGUCGGGGUACCGGUCAAAGGCAAAGAGGAAGGCGAAGACUGGCAACAUGGAGCCAUCAGCCUCGUAUCGCAAGAUGACUUGAAGAAACUCGAGACCGCUGCCCCCAAACUGGCCAAGUUCGAGAUGAAUGUCCUCAAGGUCAAAAGCGGGCCGAAUGUUGCUUUCCUCAAGGAUGAAGGUGGAAAGUGGGUAGCUAGGUGA